CGCCAAUCAUGACUUUAGUUAUUAGUAGUUAAAUAUUCAAUCAUCAAAAUUACACGUUUCUUUUUGAAAGUUUUAGCAAUCGGUAAUAUAAUUACAGUGCAAUCUCCGUAAUUCGAGCUAAUUGUUGCAAGAAGAUGUUCGAAUUAUGGAAUGUUUUCGGAAAAAUUCAAAAAAUAUUUUUAAUAUACAGCUGCUGCAUUUUCUGUCUUAUUUAAAUAAUUUAAUUUUGCCCACAGAUGACUGAUGCCAUGUCCGAAUCUAAAAAGAAAUGUAGACAGUACAGUGUUGAUUAUUUGAAAUUUGGCUUCAGUCCAUCAUUGCCGGACAAACAAUCGCCUAUGUGCCUUUUAUGAAACAAAGUUUUGGGCAAUGACGCUAUGAAACCAUCUAAACUGCAAGAUCAUCUGAGAAGAUGCCACCCUGAUAAAACAGAGAAAGAUUUGAAAUACUUUCAAACACUCAAAGAUAAAUUUCAGAAGAGACCUACACUGGACAGAAUGUUCGCUUCGACGUCACAAAGAAAUGAUGAUGGUUUGCGGGCGUCUUACAAUAUCUCGUUACUUAUAGCAAAAUCCGGAGAACCGCAUACUAUCGGAGAGAAGUUAAUUUUGCCAGCCGUUGAAGAGGUUUUAAAAACUGUUUUACACAAACCUGCAUCUGAUAUCAUUAAAAGAAUUCCCUUAAGCAACAAUACUGUUGAAAGACGUAUUGAUGAAAUGCGUUCUGAUAUUGAAAUUUGA